CUUCAACCGCGAAGAUGCACUUCUGUCCAAGUAGACAGUCAUACCUGAGUUUGUACAAUUACUCAAAUACUUUUUAAACUAGAGAUUAUUUAAUGAAAAAGUGCCUUUAUUGGGCUGAUUCGUUCUUAUCGACUAAAUAAAGAGUUACUAUACAUCGGGAUUAUUGAGAAUGUGAAUUAAAAUUUGACAGAAAAUGUUUUCUCCAGCGGAAAAGGCUAAAAACCUUUACCUGAUCGGUGACUGUAAUAAUCUCGAUACACAAGCGAUCCACUUGGUUGACUUCUUAAGGGAAGUGGAUCAAAACAGACACAUCUACGAAUUGAAGAAUAUAAAACGGGCUGUUUACAGGUAUGAGCAUUUCUGGCUCCCAUUAGCUGCUAAAUACCCGGAUGAAACAUUGUGUGCGCCGCUGGAUAUCCAGUGGGUGUGGCAUUGUCAUAUGCUAGCUCCUAGGGCCUAUGUAGAAGACUGCAAGGCAAUUGUUGGGACCGUGCUUGACCAUGAAGAAAAGAACAGUUAUGAAAGGCACAUUUCGUUGAACAAGAGCGCUUCUUAUUGGGAACGAUUGUACGGAGAUGAACCGUUUAACGUCAACUACUCGGAUACGUUCGAUGAAACGAUGUUAGAACACUUUAAAUCUAAAAUAUCAUAUGAUAUUUUAUCAUCUGCCAAGCGGCAGUCUAGUUUCUACUAUCAGGUAUCGCUGCCUCAUUACAAAGACCGCACGUAUCUGCUACAGGCGAAAGAAAGGUAUAAGAAGUUCCUCUACCUUCGGAAACAAAAUGUUGGCGAUUAUCUGGUGCCUUGUUAUGAUAUUGAUCUGAUCUGGCACACACAUAUGAAAACGCCGCUUGCCUACAAAAAAGACACAGAGAAAAUCCUGGGCUACCAUUUUAAUCACGACGACUCAACUACUGACAGAAGCGACGGAUCAAAACUGAGCAACGGCGAUCGUGUCACUAAGCGCAAAUGGAAGGAUUUAUAUGGAGAACCAUAUGUCAAAGCAGGUGCAAUGUAUCGCGGAGAGCCUUCAGUUGGAACACUUGAAACAAUAUCAAAAAAGUCUUUGUUUGAAAUGUCUGAAAAAUACUGUUGUAUUUCGAUUAAAAAGGUGAUUGCAAGACGAACACCAUCAGACAACCGAAGGAAAAGUAAAUUCAAGAUUGAUUGUUGGUCUCGAGAAGUAGAUGGUACAACCAAAGAUGACCAUCUGUUCCAUUUGACGAGCAGCAAUGCUAUUAAAAUAGAUGAUGAUAUAUUUGAAUGGGAUGUUAGUGUACCUGUUAUUUACCCUAAAAACAAAGCAAUUCCAUGUAGUAACCUGUUGUCUUUGGUCCUAACUGAAAAACGCCGUGUUGCGUUGUUUUGGUCGUCCAGAAAGGAGACAGGAUCUAUGGAACAUGUAUUGAACGUUGACAAAAUCUACAAGGAAACUGAAGGCGACGUAUCAAGGGUCAUCACCUUGUAUUUUAGACUUGGCUGUCUUGAUGUUACAGUAGAAGCUAAGCAUACGGACAUCAAGGCUAAACCUCUGAAACUGCAUUUAUCACCCGGAUGGUAUACUAACGCAAUCAUCCCAGAGAAUAUCAGACAACUUUGGGGUCCUGUGCCAUUUCAUAAAUUGCCUGUAGGAGUUGACAAUUCUUGUAUCGUAGCCACACACAGGUUGAAUGCACGGCUUGCUCACCACUUCACAGUCCGUGUGGUUCAUAGUGUACCACUGAUGACUUCAGUCGUGCAGGUGUUUCACGAAGAUCAAAUGCUGGCAAUAUCUCACUUGAUUGGUACCGAACAACUUCCAUUACCGACACAGAUAAUCCAGUCACAGUCGGAAAUACCAGCACUGAACCCUAAGAUAGGACAGCGGGCAAUGUUGAUCAAGAACACAGGCGGAGACUGGGGAAUAGUGACGGGCGAGUGGCAUGGUUUUAAGAAGGGCAAAACCGCUAUCAGAGUUGGACGAAGGACUUUCGGUGGUGUAAAGAGAAAUCUGGGUGCUCUGUUGGUUAAUUUGUAUAAAAACUGUCCCGAAAAUUCUAUUGAACACACGAGUUCUUCCUUCAAUUACAAUCAAUACGCAAAUUGGUCUUUUAAAUUAGAUGCCGUUCAAGCAAACUUCAACCAUGGCCAUGUCAACAUCUCUUCCACUACUGAGGUUCCCGAGAACAUUGCCCUUACCUUUUCCGUUGCGCUUCUCCACGUGUUCUGUGUCCCGCGGCCAAAAGAUUGGACGGAAGGACAACGCUUUGAACCGAAAACCAGUUAUUUCGAAUGGAAAACGAGUGAUAUAAGAAUAUCUGAUGCCCUUACGUUUUUCAGAGCGGCAGGAAUUUUGCAUAACACACCGUCGAAUCACUACAUUCGAAACAAACCGGUAAAACGCACAAGCAAUCGUACGGUAAAAAUCGUUCGUUCACGGAAAUCAAGUUCAUCGGAAGAUGAUGAAAAAGACGAUAGUGAAAAUGACAAUGGUGACUACGAAAAUGAAGAUGUCGGCGAUGAUGACUACAGAUUUGCUGACAACGAACUUGAUAUGUCUGGCGUCGAUGAUAUGUUUAUUGACUGGGAUGACCUUCCAGGAGAUGGAACAUGUGGAGGGAUUUAUGGAGAUGAUGACGGUGGAGGGGGAUAUGGUAUGUACGAUGGAGACGAUUUUGGUACCUGCGGCGGAUAUGAUAGCAUUGUUGCAGCUUGUGGAAGUGCAGGAGGAGGAAGUUCCUGUGGGGGAGGUGGUGGAGGUGGUGGAGGCGGAUGUGGAAGUAGUUGUGGUAGUGGAGGAGAUGACGACGAUUAGCCAUUAUAUCAUACACCUUCACCAUGUUGUCACAUGGUUAACUUACACUUACACAUAACAUAUUUAUUAUACUCAUACGUUUAUGUUUCGUAUUUAUCAUUUUGUACGAUUUUAAUAUUGAUGUAAAGAAAGUUUACGAAAAAAUGAAGCUGCUCCCUCGUAAAUGAAAAGCCACAUAUGGGAUCACAAGUCUGCAUAGACGUUGAAAUCAAUUGAUUUGUUUGAAUAAAGA